AUGUCGUUGUCAAGUGAAAAAAAUUUGGAGAAGAAAAUAAAGAAAAAAGAAAUGAUUAAAACGAAGCAAUUAAGUAAAAAGGACUCAGAAGGUCAAGAAGUAAAAUUUGGCGAAUCGUUAGCAUCAUGUUCGGAUAUUGAAUGGGAUAGAGCUGAUCCAGCUUAUGCAUCUGAACUUAUUAAUGUGGAAAAGAAACCUGAUAAGGUAACAGUUUUUGCUGGACCAAGUGCGAAAACAAUUGAACGGACAAUCAUUCGAACCGAUACAGUUUCCGAAAGUUUUGAUGAAAACGCUGAUGCAAUUGGACGUAUGGCAUCUGCAAUUGCACACAUUUUCCUUUCCGAUAAAACAAUUCCAUCUGUAAAUGUUUCCAUUAAUCUUCAAGAAAUUCCAAAUGGCCCACAAACUUCUAUUGAACCAAGAAAAUCAUAA